AUGAACUUCAGAACUUUCGCAAUUGCCCUGGUCGCCUGCGGUAUCGCUAGCGCCAGAGUGAUCGAAAAGCGUCAAGGCACGCCUGGCGCCAGUUACCAGUCGUACACGGGAACUGGCAACGAGGGCGGCGGCGGCUGCCGUGGCGCUAGAGUGCAACUUGGCUCCCACCUCCGUGGCCAAGAAACUACCUGCUAUCAAUCGAGCAACUCAGCGUGUAUAUCGCUCGUCGACAGGACGAACGGCGGCACUUGCGAGGUGCGCCUAUACACUAACAAUGAUUGCAAUGGCGACGAGGAUUUUGCGAUUGGACUUGCGGAGGUGGGAGACUGGGUGAACUACACUUUCGGGUCUUUUAUUGUUGAGUGCUUCUGA